AUGGUGGCGGGAAGCAGAUUCGAGUUCAAGGAUAUCAAUAACAAUUCUUUCUUUUUUUCUUUCUUUCUUUAUUUAUUUAUUUAUGUUUUUCUUUCUUUCUUUCUUUCUUUCUUUCUUUCUUUCUUUCUUUCUUGUUUCUGUCCCCUAACUUCUUUAUCUUGUUCAAUAUUCCCCUUUCUUUUCCCCUUUAUCUUUUUACCCUUCUCGUUUGCUGGGUUCCUCCUCUCCCUAUUCUUCUUUACGUUUUCUCUUCUUUAUCAUCUUCUACCCCGCCUCUGUCUUCUUCUUCUUCUUCUUCUUCUUCUUCUUUCUUUCUUUUACUCUGCCUUUUCGUUUUCUUUUCUUUCUCUCCAUCAUUCUCUCACAUUCCCUUCCUCCGUUUUUCUUCUCUUCUUGAUUUUUCCUUUCUUUCUUUCUUUCUUUCUUUCUUUCUUUCUUUCUUUCUUUUCGCUUUUUCUUCUCCUCUUCUUUUCCCACUUCUCUUUCUCCCUCUCGUCUUCUAGUCGUUUUAUCUUUACAUCUUCUCUCCAUUUCUACUUAUUUUUCUUUCCUAUUCCUUUUCCUUCUAUAUCGUCUUCCUCUUUCCCACCUUCUCACUUCUCUUACAAUAUCUUCUUUUUUUUUCUCUCUUCCUCCGAGAACAAAGUUUUCUAG